AUGAAGAACUCGGUUCCUUUACUCUGCUUCUGGAGCGCCUAUUGUUGCUUUGCGGCGGGAAGCCCCACACCCUUUGGUCCCGAGGGACGGCUGGAAGGUGAUCUUCACGAGUCCAGGAAGGUCCAAGCUGUGUCCAAACCAUCUGUGAGUUUUAACCUUCGCACCUCUAAGGACCCAGAGCAUGAAGGAUGCUAUCUUUCCCUGGGCCACAACCAGUCUUUAGAAGACUGUGGCUUCGACGUGACAGCCAAAACCUUUUUCAUCAUUCAUGGAUGGACGACGAGUGGCAUGCUUGCAAACUGGCUGUACAAACUCGUGUCAGCCCUGCAGAUGAGAGAGAAAGACUCCAAUGUAGUGGUAGUUGACUGGCUGCCCCUGGCUCACCAGCUUUACAGAGAUGCUGUCAAUAACACAAGGAUGGUGGGUCACAGUGUGGCAAGGAUGCUCGACUGGCUGCAGGAGAAGGAUGAUUUUUCUCUAAGAAAUGUUCACUUGAUUGGCUAUAGCCUCGGAGCCCAUGUGGCUGGGUACGCUGGCAACUUUGUGAAAGGAACAGUGGGCAGAAUCACAGGUCUGGAUCCUGCUGGGCCCUUGUUUGAAGGGGUGGACAUCAACAAGAGGCUCUCCCCUGAUGAUGCGGACUUUGUGGAUGUUCUGCACACUCACACAGGAACCUUUGGCUUGAGCAUUGGGAUUCAGAUGCCUGUGGGCCACAUUGACAUCUACCCCAACGGGGGUGACUUUCAGCCGGGCUGUGGAUUCAAUGAUGUCUUGGGAUCAAUUGCAUAUGGAACCAUCACGGAGGUAAUGAAAUGUGAGCAUGAGCGAGCGGUACACCUCUUUGUGGAUUCCCUGGUGAAUCACGACAAGCCGAGCUUCGCUUUCCAGUGCACAGACUCCAACCGCUUCAAAAAGGGGAUCUGUCUCAGCUGCCGGAAAAAUCGUUGCAAUAGCAUUGGUUAUAACGCUAAGAAAAUGCGAAACAAGAGGAACAGCAAAAUGUACCUAAAAACACGGGCAGGCAUGCCCUUCAGAGUUUACCAUUACCAGAUGAAAAUCCACAUCUUCAGUUACAAGAACAGAGGAGAGAUUGAGCCCACCUUUUAUGUUACCCUCUAUGGCACCAAUGCAGACUCUCAGAUUCUGCCUUUGGAAAUAGUGGAGCAGAUUGGGCUGAAUGCCACCAACACUUUUCUGGUCUACACCGAGGAGGACUUGGGUGACCUCUUAAAGAUCAAACUCACCUGGGAGGGGACGUCACAGUCCUGGUACAACCUGUGGAAGGAGCUCCGUAGCUACCUGUCUCAACCCAGCAACACCAAGUGGGAGCUGCAUAUCCGGCGCAUCCGAGUCAAGUCUGGGGAAACCCAGAGGAAGCUGACAUUUUGCACCGAAGACCCUGAGAACACCAGCAUAUCCCCUGGCCAAGAGCUCUGGUUUCACAAGUGUCGGGAUGGCUGGAGAAUGAAAAAUGAAACCAGUCCAACUGUGGAGCUGGUCUGAGGGUGCCUGGACGUGUUGCCAGCACGUAAACCAACCCCGCCGUCCAGCUGUCCGUGCACAUGGAGCAAAGUUACUGCAGAGGACCCACCCAGUGAAGGACUCCUCUUGGACUUGACCUUGGAGCCCCUGGGCCCACCUCUGUUGCCUGUGAGGGUUGCCACUUCCUGCAUGAGGAGACUGCUCUGCUGAAGCACCAGUUGCCGCUCUAGAUGAAGUCUAACUCCAAACCUCCAUUGAUGCCCCUGGGAGCCAAGGCCAGACCUGUGUGUGUGGGAGCAGCAGAAUGCCCGGGGCCCUCGAGCACACCCAGCAAUCUCCCAGUGGCUGGGUGAACCCAGGCUUUGCCUGACCCCAGAAGGCUGGCUGGGCAGUGGUUGUACUUGGCCUGACUUGGGACUUAGUGUGAGGUCUUUUCCUCCAGAGCUGACUCGUGUCAGGAUGGCAGUCCUCUUACCUCACUGGCCCAAACAGGGAACCUUAGAUCUUGCCUGGGGCUGAGGCCCUGCUGUGGGAGUUCCCAGGGCUGCACUGGUCAAUACUGGUUGUAUCUUAGAGCUUCCGUCCAGCUCCUUGCUCACCCUCUGAGGCACACAUCAUCUGCUCUCUACUGUUUCCAUGGUUCAUCUCUUGAUUGAACAAGUGCUUAUUGGGCACUCAAUUAGCUUGUGGCAGCAGACAUGUUACUCAACCUUUCUCUUUGGAAGCUCAUGGGGUUGGCGUUUUCUAGAAUCCUUUCUAGUUUAGUGAUCCAUGGGAUUCCAUGUGGUGAAAGACAGGAGGGGAGUGGGGUGGGCUCCAAGCUGUAAGAGUUGGGGACUGAGGC